AUGGACUGCGCAGCCCCGUCGCCGCCCCCUGCAGCAGCAGAGGCGCUGGAUAAGCUGCAGGACUUAUUUGCUGCUGCUGCUGCAGCAGCAGAAGCAGCAGGACAAACGACCCCUCCCAAAGAAUGGAGCAGCUGCCGCUGCAGGAAGGCUCCGUAUCCUCUUAAUGCUGAAUGGUACAUUGGAGCUGUUCAAAACCAAGGAAAAUGGGAGUCUUCCAAAUUCAGGGAGUCCCUACCAAGUUCUUUUGCUGCUGGCAGCAAGACAGCUUUGUGGAGCCGCCAGGUGUACCGCUGCAGCCUCAUCCCAGGGGCUGCUGGCUGGUGGCAGCAGCAGCAGCAGCAGCAGCAGCAGCAGGACCAGCAGCAGCAGCAGCAGCAGCAGCAGCAGCUGCUGCUGUCGCUGCGGGAGUGUCUUGUGCUGUUUUACCCAACAGCAGGCGAAGAGCUGCCGCGGCUGAAUGAAAUAAUUGAAGUUUUGGCUUGCUGCAGCUGUGGGGCCCCACCCCAAAGCCCCAAGGGGGCCCUCCCCCCCCGUUUGCAUGCAUUUGCUUUCCGGCGGCUCUUCUGCAUGCAGCCGCAGCAGCCGCUUCCCGCGCAGCAGCAGCAGCAGCAGCAGCAGCAACUGGUCCCUGCAGUCGGCUUUGCUGAGGCGAGGCAGCACGCAAUAGAUCUUCUCAAGAGCUGCUUUGACGGGGAUGAGGUAGCAGCAGAAUACGCGCUGCUUGCCCUUUGCUCGCGGGCCUCACAGCAGCAGCCGCAGCAGCAGCAGCAGCAGCAGCAGGACGAGGAGCAGCAGCAGGCUUGCCAUGCAUUUCACCGCCUUCGUGUUGCAUUUAUUAGACCCCACAAAGCAGAAAUACAGGAGCCAAAUCAGCAGCAGCAGCAGCAGCAGCAGCAGCAGCAGCGGAAUGGGGAGCGCUGCGUUGCUGGGGAAGGCACUCGGUGUGUGGACUUCGCAGCAGCAGCAACAGCAGCAGCAGCAGCAGCAGAAGCAGCAGCAGCAGCAGAUGACACCGCGGAGUCCUGCGUGCCCUGUGCUUCUGCGGUGUCUGUACACCCGGAGGUGCUGCUGCAGCAGCGCUUUGGCCCUGAGCUGCUGCUGUCGGACGGCGAAGCAGCAGACGACAUUUUGUCUGCAGCAGCGCUGCAGCUGCCGCACGGCGCUGUGCUGCUGGUGGAUGAGCCGAAGUCUUUGGAGAGAAAGGAAAUAGAUAUCUUUUUGGAGAAAAAGGCAGCAGCAGCAGCAGCAGCAGCAGCAGCAGCAGCUGGUGGUGCUGCUGCUGCUGCCCCAGCGGCGGAUGCUGAAGCCGCCGCUGCGCAGAAGAAGCAGCAGCAGCAGCAGGAGCAGCAGAAGCAACAGCAGCAGCAGCAGCAGCGGCGGCAAAUCGGAAAGAACAUUAGUGCGCUGCAGACGCUGAUUGCUGAGGGGGCUGUGCCUUAUGACUUUGUUGCUGCAGUUCAUUCAAUUUGCUGCGACUGCGCUGUGCUGCUGCUGACGCACAAGUAUUCCUUUUCCCACUUCAACCAACUUAUUCAAGUGCCCCUUUUGCCCAGACGCAGCAGCAGCAGCAGCAGCAGCAGCAGCAGCAGCAGCAACAGCAGCAGCAAAAGCAGCAGCAACGACAGCAGCAGCAGCAGCAACAGCAGCAACAGCAGCAGCAGCAGCAACAGCAGCAGCAGCAGCAGCAGCAGCAAAGUGAGCUGCAACGGAGACGCAGAUGCAGCAGCAGCAGCAGCAGCAGCAAGAGAGUUUGUUGCUGCAGCAAGAGGAGGCCGCGGAGCUCUUCGCCUCGAAGUUGGUUUGAGCGAAACAGCAGUUUCGGACUUCGUGAAAAAACGCCAAUUGUUCGAAGACGUUUCUUCAAAUGACUUCGAGCGGUGGCUGCUGGUCGCGGGGGCCGUGGCUGCGUCUUGGGGAAGUUUCAUAAAAAAAGAAAAAGUUGAAAAACUUGAAAAAGAAAAAGUUGAAAAAGAAAAAGUUGAAAAAGAAAAAGUUGAAAAGGAAAAUGUUGAAAAAGAAAAAGUUGAAAAAGUUGAAAAAGUUAAACUUGAAAAAGUUGAAAAAGUUGAAAAGGAAAAUUCAAGUUUGGUUUCGUCUUCGAAUUUCGGCGAAGACGAAUUUGACGUUUUGAUUUGCCAGCAACACUGGGCGAAGGCGCAAGAGCUGGAAGACGAGCGCAGAAGAAGAAUUCGAAGUUUAAAGUUGAGAAAUGAAUUAUUAAAAGAAAAAGAAGACACAAAAGACCAAAAAGAAACGAAAAAUGAAAUAAAUCACCAGCUCAACGCCCUCCUCGCCGACGCGGAAAAGCUCGCGCUGAACUGA